AGCACCGAAAACAUGGCGCCGUUGCGAGAGGAUGAAUAUCAUAACAGCGUUUAUCUUAAAUAAAAAUACAUGUGGACGCAAUGAAGGAGAAGCGUCGUUUAAUGUACAUAUGUGAUAUAUAAGCAUGACAGACACAAAAGACAUCGGCGGCCAGCUCACAGCAGAUGACACCACAGAAACUUGUAGCCGAGUUUCAAAACUUUCGCAUAAUAAGCUCAAAGCAAAUAAACAUUUCAGAACGCGAAAGCAGGCACAGGCACAGUCUCCGUCUCUGGACACCUCUGUUUAUUAUCGAAAGGACUCUGAAACCCCCAAACGUCUAUCGAGGAUUAGGUUUAAUGGGUGUAACAGUGGAGAUUCACCAAACGAGGCCGAUGCCCUGCAGGAGAUCAUCUGGGAUCCUGCAUCCCCACCUCCAUUGUGGAAUGGAAAAGGAGCAGGAGAAGGCAUCAGAGGUGUGGAGAUAUCAGAUAUUGUCAGUAGGAUUGCACCAAAUGAUGAAAAGCCUGUGGAUAAAGAUUUAGUGCUUCAGUGGAUUGGAGAUAGUGCCAUUCCCUGUACUCCAGAGCUCCAACAGCCUCGAGUUAGGAGAUCCUCGGCACGCCGUCAAAGCAACGUUGAAGACCUCAUGAAACUCGCUAAGCAGUUUGACAUCAACAUGACCCGUCAGGAUAAAGAGAGGGACCUGGAAAUAUGGCAGGCAAGUGAAGCCAAAAACUGUGAGGCUCUAGACAAGCUCAUCAGACCUGUUCCAUACAACUCGGAGUCACAGGGUACAGGACCUUUUGCCAGAGCUCAGACUCCGGUUCCAGUGCAGCCUAAGGAGAUAAGCCAGGAGCUGCAUGCUCAGGAGCAGGAGCUGCAUGCUCUCUUUGAUGGGCCUACCCAGUACCUGAGCGGGAGGCUAAGCCCUCCGUCAGCUAACUGUUCACAGGAGAGCAGGCCUGCAGCAGAGAGCGUCGGCACCAGGAGGCCAGACUGUUCAGAUGGCACAAUCGUCCCGAAGCAUCCAAAUGAAGCACCAAAGCCGGACUUUGACGACGACUGGGAGAACGAUGACCUGCUGGAUGACUCCUUCGUGCUGGAGGUAACUCAGAAUCCUGAGCUCUUGGCCUCUGCUCCACGGGGAAGAGUAGAUGGGGCUGCGAGAACAAUCAGUUCAAAGGGACCUGGCAGCAGAGCCGGAUGCCCUCCACGGCUCCCAAGCUGCGGCAGUGGCAACAGCAGUAGCACCUACACUGGGACCUUCUCGAAGGCACGGUGCAUUUCCAGGCCAGGUCCAAAACCUUAUGUCCAGACUGGUGCUGUUCGGCCACUGCUUAAGCCUAGCCUUGACCCAGCUGAAAAAGCUGAGGCUGAAACCUCUCUGUCCCGAGCGCAGACAUCCCCAUAUUGCAGGGAGCAGGCACUUAUGACUGUCAAAACCAGUGAGAUGAAAAGGGAGACCCAAGGCAGUGGAAGCCCAGGAGCCAAAAACUCAGGCAGAUCGGCUAGGGCAUCAGAGAAGGACCAUGAGCUAGACUCGCUGUGGGGUGAUGGAGACGACGAUGAUCGUCUGCUGUAUCAGGCCUGUGAUGACGUGGAACGAAUCUCAGCCAGUCAGGAGCAGCAAAUGGAGGGCACCUGCACUAACCUCAUCUCUGUCAAAUCCACGGUUUCCACCUCGAAAACACGUUCAACCGUUGACACUACCAAUUUUCAGAGCAUUGGCAGUAACAGCAGGACCGCUCACCCGAGCCAGGCCACUGAGCGCGAGCAGCCGGUGCGCGUUUUUGCCCGCUCGUAUUCCAUACCGGGUGCUACGAGCGCCCUUGAAAACAAACAGGACUUAGUUGGAUCCAGUCGCCAGUGUUGCAAGUUGAACCGGUACCGGUUCACACCGGUACAUGCCUCUGGAGUCACGCUCGCCAAGCAGACCACAGGCGCUAGGUGGGAGGCUAGGUUACAUGGCUCUUCUGCAGAAAACUCUGCCUCCCACCAUUCCACAUUUAAGAGACAUCAGUCUGACCCCGUGGUACUGAGCAACAAAGUGUUUGUCACAAUCCAGCCAGCUGUCAGGUGCUCUGCUGCUGAGAUUGAGAGGAAGAAGCAGGAAGCUAUAGCACGGAGGAGAUCACGACUACAAGCUACCGAGAAGCCUGGGACUGCUAUGUAAACUGUCACAGAGGAGGGCAAACUCUCAUAAUGAGUGCACUAACUUUAGGCCAUUGAUCCUGUGUGACUACAGCCUAUCGUUGCUCAGUAUUACUAGUUUGUCUUUAUUGAAGGAGGAAAUGGUAUUAGAAAGUGAUUUUUCCCAUUUCCUUUCCAGUCCACACGUUUCCCAAGCAUAAUGACACAACACGCUGUUCUGAAUCAAGGUUUGCGAUGGGCAUUUUCAUUUAGAAAUGCUUUGUUGAAGACAUGUAUAUUGUGCACUGGGCAAAGACUACAGGCUUCAUGUUUGCCAGGUCCCAGUGUACCUUAGGAGUUGCUUUUUUUUUUCCAAAAAUUUGAUUUAGUCUUUAAUGAUAAUGAAACACUGAUCAUGUAUUCAUUCAGCGUGGGCUCUGGAGUAAAGCUGUCUGUAUAUUCUGCAUGUGAAGCGCUGCAAGUGAGAGAUGAUUUCCAUGCUAACAGCAGACUGGGUCCAGUAUGCAGGCUGUCAGAAGUGACAUUUUCUUUACAUACAAGAGAAGCCAAGGCUUGUGUAAAUACAUAACAAAGUGUGGGGGGGGGGGGGUGGUUGCUGUUUUUUCUUUGUGUUGUGUCUGUUCGUGCAUAAAGGGCUAUUUAAAAAAAAAAGUGCAUUUAGAUGGCACAACGUUUCAAACGUCUUCAUUAAAGUGUUCAGGAACAUUCCAGACUCACGUCUGUGUGCCUU